GAUUCAGAGACUGAUACAGGAGGUACAGGAAAACCUGAGCUCAUGAUCCUGACAUCACCAGCAAAUCGGCGAGGGCUUUAUAUACUCGUGUGUUUCUUCCAUCGGUGUCCAAAUCCAGCAGCACUGCUUCAUGCACGCAGGUCUGAAUUUCUACCAUCAAUGUGCUCACCUACUGCCGCUCCUUUUGAGUUUUGACUACAGGUCUGAAUUUCUUUUCUGGAUUUCUCAUAUUCCCAUCUAAAUAUAUAUUCCAAUGAUGUUAUCUAAAGCCCGGUUUAUGAUCGGGAUCCUCUGCAGUAAUGGACAGAGGCCGACAUGUGGACCUGGGCCCAGUGUCAGCCUCUAUGCAGUAACUGCAGAGGAUUCGCGUCCCCGGUUUAAAUAUUAUCAUGUGCAGUAUUUUACACAUCCAAUUGGAUAGUGUCCUAAAUCUACCCGUGAUGAGAUAUUUAGGAUUUGGAGUGUCCUGAAUGAUUUCCCAUGAUAAAAAAUUGGAUAGUUCUCAUUCAGUUUAUAAUAUGACAAUACUCCUGGCUAGUAUUUCUGAAAUUGAACUAAUGGUUUGCCAUAGCAAAGCAUGGGCAUAGUUUUCUUAAAAUUGUACACUAAUUGUGUUACAUCACAUUGCUUUUUUCCCUUAGGAAACUUCUGUAAAUAUCAAACUGAACAGAGAGAAAGCUAGGUUUCACCAGACCCCAUAAUAUUAGAGCUACGUUGCAAAUUGCUAUUCUAGUCGGUAUUCAUUUCUCCUGCUUACAAUUAUGCAUUUUUAAUAGGUUGAGUAACAACUUGCAAAUAUGCUCAACUUUAUUUCAGAGAGCUAGUACCAGGAUGAAUCAUCUCAUAGUGCUAGUACCAAGAUGAAGAACCUAAUGCAAUUGAAAUAUAUCAAGGUGUGCCGCUGCAGUAGGGAAAAAAAGGUUGCAACCCAAUGCAAUUGAAACACAUGCUAUUUUACAUAUGCAGGUUGCCAAUGUAGCAUGGAAUCAUGUCGCAAGGUUCGGAAGACAUACCUCCAUCAAACCUCACCGCCGAGCAUCUCCUCGACGGCCUUCUCACCGCUGAAUUCAGCUACCGGUCGUGCCGGAGCCGGUACGAGUUCGACGGCUACCACAAGAAAUCGUCGCACAAGCCAUCCCCCUACCUCAUCGCCAAGCUCCGGAAGCAAGAAGCGCUCCAGAAGCGGUGCGGCCCCGGCACGGCUGCGCACAAGAAGGCGCUCCAGCGGCUCGAGUCUGGCGAGGGCGCUGCUGCCGAUGUCGAGGAGGAUAACUGCCGCUAUCUCGUCAAUAUCAGCUUCCGCGGACUCGGCAACCGGAUGCUCGCCAUCGCGUCGGCCUUCCUCUACGCCGUUCUCACCGAGCGUGUCCUCCUCGUCGACGGGGGCAAGGACGUCGCCGAUCUCUUCUGCGAGCCCUUCUCAGGCGCGACAUGGCUUCUGCCGCCCGCCGGCCAGCGCUCCCCGCUCAGGCACCUCGAUGACUAUGGCAUGGAAUCCAAGGAGAGCCUGGGAAACAUGUUGCAGAGCGGCGCCGUUGUCGCGUCUGCCGACGGGAACGUGUCGUGGUCGUCGCCGCGGCCGCCGCCGUACGUGUACCUCCACCUCGCCGGUGGCUACGGCUACCACGACAAGCUCUUCUACUGCGGCACGCACCAGCGGCUCCUUCGCGGCGUGCCGUGGCUACUCAUGAGAACGGACAGCUACCUCGUGCCGGGACUCUUCCUCACGUCGUCAUUCCUCGGCGAUCUCGAGACCAUGUUCCCGGAGAAGGACGCCACGUUCUACCACCUCGGCCGGUACCUCUUCCACCCGACCAACGCCGUCUGGCACGCAGUCACGAGCUACUACCGCUCCAACCUCGCCGGUGCCGACCGGCGCGUCGGCAUACAGAUAAGGGUGUUCCAGGAGAAGCAGCCGCCGCAGCAAAUCCUGGACCAGCUCCUUUCCUGCGUCCGCGACGAGAAGCUCCUUCCGGAGAUCGCAGCAACCAACGACACGUCGUCCCGUGCCGUCCUGGUCACGUCGCUGAACUCGUGGUACUCCGACAGGAUCCGGGGCGAGUACGGUGACAGGGUCACCGGCGGGGUGCAUCAACCGAGCCACGAGGGGCGACAGCGGUCGGGCGACCCGGCGCACGACAUGAGGGCGCUGAGCGAGAUGUACCUGCUCAGUAUGUGCGACGUGCUCGUCACCAGCGGCCUGUCCACCUUCGGAUACGUCGCGCAGGGGCUCGGCGGGCUGCACCCUUGGGUCAUGGCGAGGGCUCCCUCGUGGGACAAGUGGACGGAGGAUCAGGCUGCGCCAGAUCCACCAUGCCAGCGCGCACUCUCCGUCGAGCCGUGCUUCCACUCGCCGUCGUACUACGACUGCGCGGCGAGAAGGGACGUGGACCUGGACAAGCUGGUGCCGUACAUCCGGCGCUGCGUGGACGUCAGUUGGGGCAUCAAGCUUGUCAAUGAAAGCAGCAGCCAGUGGUAACAUCUGCCUGAUAUGGAUGGCAGUAGACUGACAUGUAAUUUGGCUCAACGAGACGUGCAAACAAGAAACCAGUGGUAGAAGAAACAUCCAAAUAGCUUCAGUUGGCAGGGGAAAACUGUAGAGGCAUAUACAAUAGAGCGUUUUAAC